ACACCGAUAGAGGCACAGUAGCACGUUAACCGUAUCCAACGCAGCAAGUGAUCGAAAGAAAAACCAAAGCGAAAUAAAAUGAUGAAGAUCACGAUCGCCGCCCUCGCCCUGCUGGCCGUCGCCGUUGCUGCUUACGAGCAUGAGGACUAUCAUUCGCAUCCCAGCUACAAGUUCGAGUAUGGCGUAAAGGAUCCUCACACCGGAGACCACAAGAGCCAGUGGGAACAUCGCGACGGAGAUGUCGUCAAGGGACAGUACACUCUGGAUGAAGCCGACGGAACCAAGCGAGUGGUUGAGUACUCGUCCGAUAAGCACAACGGCUUCCAGGCUCAUGUCAAGCGAGUGGGUCAUGCUGACCAUCCGGCCGUCUAUGGACACCAUGAGGCUGGACACUCGUACAGCCAUGGACACGGCCAUGGACAUGGCAGCAGCUACGCCAACGGCAACCUGUACCAGCAUCAUCAUUGAUAGCUAUCUGUGAUAGUUCCGUUUCAGUUCCUGUAAAUACGAAUGAAUAAAGUUACCUUUUCAGUUAUAAA